AUGGAGGCUGUUCGGCAUGGUGUCGUUUGGAUAGGGGACAAGUUGUAUUCGCAGAUCCCAAUGUACGUCCCCGACGCCGCGGAGUGGACUCAACCUGCGGAUGGUCGUCGUCCGCCGCCUCAUGAUUCCCAUCCAUCUGUUGAGCGGGGAUAUGGCCGUCCUCCACCGUGGGACGAGCGCGACGUUAAGCGAGAGGACAUUAGUCCAUACGGCGGUCCGUCGCGUAGCCACUCAGCCCCAGUCCCCCGCGCGAGCUUGCCACCCUACCCAUCCGAACACUACCGCCACAGCGGCCCUCCAGGAUAUGCCUAUCCCCCGCCAAUGGAGCACGGUCCGCCGCAUUAUCCCGUGCACAUGGGUGGUCCUCCUAUGGGGCCGUAUAUGGGGCCUGAUUAUUCCUCUCCGUACUUCACGCUGCCUAUCCGGCCGCAGAGCCAGCAAAUGCGGAGCCGACAGCAGAUUUCCUGCCAUCCGUGCCGCAAUCGAAAGGUAAAAUGCUCGGGAACGACCCCUUGCGAGGCGUGCGUCAAGAUCAAACGAGAGGACGAGUGUGUAUAUGAGAAGACUGUCCGGCGCCGCGGUAAGGGGAAAAAGGCGGGUACGGGCAGCGAGGAAAACGGCGAGCACAAGCUCGAAAGCACCGACGAGCGGCAGAGUGACGACGAGCGCCGCGACGCCUCUACCUCGCCUGUGCGAGAGCGCAAAGAUGUCGAGCUCAGAGAUGAGCGGGAGCGCCAGGACGGGGACAGAGAGUCCCGCGACGGGACGCGCAAACGGCCCCGCUCACGACCAACAUCGCCACAUCGCCGAACUGCACCUGCACCCCGCCGCAUGAGAGAGUCCCCGUAG